CGUGAGAACAACAAGUUAAUAAAACCUAAGAUUGCAACAGUUUCUUGACUGGACUGUUUUAGUGGUGUUUGCUUUUCAAAAUGUUUCACUAAAGCCUGUACUGGGACACACCCUCCGCUUCCCUCCGUGUAAAUUGCCGAAUUUGCGGCAGCAGCCGACGAUGUCGCAUGUCGGUGGCAAGUAUAAAUGCUUAGGAGCUGCGCGUCUCUCGCGACUGGCCACCGAAACCGCGACGCGCGCGGCGACCUUGCGCACGCGCACCCGAAACACAUUCUCGAAAAAUAAACAUUAAAAAAUCUCAUAAUAAAAAUACAAAAAUGGACAACGUAGAGCUAUAUCAUUACAGCAACAAGGUCCAGAAAAGGGAUGCAUUUCGGUGUCUCGAGGAGUUCGGGAAGAAGAUUAAGUGGAGAAAUUUUGAUAAAGUUUUAGAUAUUGGAUGUGGGGAUGGGGGUGUGACUACUGGGAUUUUGAAGAAGUUUAUUCCGGACAAUUUCAAACACCUGGUUGGGUGUGACAUCAGCCAUAGGAUGGUGGAAUUUGCGAACCGGCACUACGGCGACGAGCGGACGUCCUUCAUGGUGAUGGACAUCGAGGGGCAGAUACCGAGGGACCUGAGAGGCGCCUUCGACCACACAUUCUCCUUCUACACCCUCCAUUGGAUAGUCGACCAAGAGGCCGCGUUCACAAACAUCUACGAGCUGCUGGGCCCCGACGGUGACUGCCUCCUGGUCUUCCUUGGCAACACUCCUCUGUUCGACGUGUUCAGGAUUCUCUCGCGCCGCCCCAAGUGGCGACCCUACCUGAAGGACGUCGAGCGCUUCGUUUCGCCCUACCAUGAUUCACAGGACCCAGAAAAGGAAAUUAGAAGAAUGAUGGCAAAAAUAGGGUUUAAGAACAUUGAUGUGCAGUGCAAAGAAAUGUGCUUCGUCUAUAAGACAAUGGAUGAUGUUAAAAGCAGAGAUUGUGAUCCGGAGAGUGGAGGGGGUGAGGUAGACUAUGGCCAUGAGGAAGUCUGGAGCAUACUACAUAAGGAGCCUCCGAGACACACGCAAACACGACUACACGAGGCAAACUAGGAUCCGUAGUAAUUUAGGGCUCAGAUAAAAAUACGAGUACUAAUAUACAUAUAUACACUUUGAAACCAUGUCACAUUAACUUUUUCGACAAAUUAAACCGUAAGUCUCAUUAAAUGUAAAAUAUUAUAGUGCGACAGAGUUCUAAAGUGGGUACAUGAUAUUGCUCAUGACAUGACUGUAUUACAAAAACAAAAAACAACAACCCUAGUACAGGUGACUCGGUAAUCUAACUAAUUAACUAUAGUAACAUAUUAUACAUCAAUAUACCUAACUAAUACACCACUAUUAUCAUACCAAUUUCCGCGUGAUGAUUGUUAUGGGAACUUAUACAGGAUGUUAUUAAAUCACGAAUCAAACUUAGAUAAAAAAAAUACUUGUUAUGUGUACUUUAAUAAAAAUAACGAAAAUGUCGCAUAUGGAAUUCGAGGACUUUAAAAACUUUACUAAUCAGCUGUUGAAGUCAUUUCACUUUGUUCCGGUCAGUGCCGCCAUGAAGUCUAAUAGAGCUGACACAAUUUUUUUAGAUUAAGUAAUUACUGGCUAGUAAUUACUAGAUAGCUUAUAAAGUGGGACUUUUAUGAACAUCCAUCUAUUAAUGUACCCUUUUCAAAAGCAAAUAAAGAGUAUUUCUAUUUCUAUUUCUACUUUUUCAUUAAUUUGAUCAGAAUAAUCUGUUUUGACAUUACACAACGCUAAAAUUUCACCCCCGGGGUAGCUGGCAAAUUUAAAAAAAAUGCACGAUUUUUUGUAAGUCACAAAUAGACCGCGUACCAAUUUUUAGCUUUCUACUUUGAAAAUUAUAUUUUAGGGAGGGAAUUUUUAGCGAUCUGGAGGGUUAGAAAGAGACAAAAAGU